CUCUCUCUCUCUCUCUCUGUGGUUUCUCCCUGGCGGCUAGCUACUGUUGUGUCUGCAUGUUUGCUUGGUUGACAUGGACGACCUCACAAACAGUAAAAAUCCCAUAAAACUAGUGCCUUUUCUAAUCUUCACCGCCCUAUUAGCCAUCACUCCUGCAAUUGCGGCAGGAUCUCAUGCGGACGGGUAUCAGCCGAUACCAAACCAACCAGCCGGGACAUUGCAGCCCGUCGGCACGACGGAGUAUAGGCUAUUGAUCGACGUGUUAAAAGCUCCUCCUCAUGAUCAUGAUGAUAUACAGCGGCGGCAGAGGCGGCGGCGGCUGGCGCCGUACCAGCUGUGCUUGCUGUGCAAGUGCUGCUCGUCCACCACGUGCACCUCCAUGCCCUGCUGCUUCGGCAUCAACUGCCAGCUUCCCAAUAAGCCCUUUGGCGUCUGUGCUUUCGUCCCCAGGACCUGCAACUGCACCAAUUGCACAACUUCUGUUUAAAGCUUAAUAGCUUUUCUUCUUCCCUUUGAAAUUAUAUUUAGCUCUCUCUCUCUUCUUUUCUUUGAAAUUAUUGUUAUUGUUAAUUUGAAACUGGUGGGUUUUGAGCCGAUGGCUAAAAAACAAAUGAUGACAACCUUGCAGUGUCAGAGAGCUCUGCAAAUUAUUCGAUGUUUAGAAAUCUUAAAUCAAUAACGUCGACCUUCUUUCUCUUGUGUUCUUGUAUAAAAAUAUCAUCUUUGAAACACCCCACGUGG